AUGUUUAACUCUGCAGACAUGGUCUUUUCAUUGGAUAAUUUAUUUUAUGAAAGACCAGAUACAAGACAAAGGUAUCUAGAAAAUGAAGAGCCUAAGAGGUGGUGUAUUGCACCUGCUCCAGCUAUUGCUGAAAUUCCAACUGCAGAGGAAUUACAGAGGGAGCUGGAAGAAAACACAGCCAACACUCAUACGGAAGGGAGAAAGCACCAGAAGCUUAUACAACAAUGUAAAAGUAACACUGAGGAAGUAAAUGGUAAAUUGCCAGCACCUGUUCAUUUUGGCAUAGCCUCUGAAAAAGAAGGGCUCCAGUUAAGUGUAGGGGAAAGAGAAAAACUCAGUCGGCAUGAAAGUGCAAAAAUUGUUUAAUUGUUUCUCUCUUCUGACCAAGGUAAAUCUAAAGCAGGACCAGGGGUUUCUCGGCAACUUGGUGCAAUUUUUUCACCAAAUAAAAUAUUAAGUAAUUUUCCAGAAGACACCAAUGAUGAGAGUGUCCAUUCGACAUUAAGAAAAAGCUUAUUUAAAAUGUCCAGUUGUACAUAUAAAAAUACAGAAUUUAAAGAUAGUUCUGUGGAUGUGAAAGAAAUUGAUACUUACUUAAAUACAAGUGAAAACAUGAAAGAAGUGAAAAAAGAAGGUUUAUGGAGAAAUAAUCAUCAUGCUUCAAUAACUAAAGACUCAGAUUUUACUCUGCAGAGGGUAGCUGGUGGGGACAUUGCAUCUAAAAAUGGAAUUAAAAUGAAGUUUUCUAAUGCUUCAGAGGUUCUGGAUAUGACAGGAACUACAGGAAGAAAACUGGAAAUUUUGAGGGCUGUUACAGAAAUACCAACCCAAUUUAGAAGUAUUUUUAAAGACUUUCCAUAUUUUAACUAUGCACAGUCAAAAGCUUUGGAUGAUCUUCUUUAUACAGAUAGGAAUUUUGUGAUCUGUGCCCCAACUGGCUCUGGAAAAACUGUAAUGUUUGAGCUAGCUAUUACCAGAUUACUCAUGGAAGCCCCGCUGCCUUGGUUAAAUAUUAAAGUUGUUUACAUGGCUCCAAUAAAAGCUCUAUGUAGUCAGCGUUUUGAUGAUUGGAAAGAAAAAUUUGGACCUGUAGGACUCACCUGCAAGGAACUGACAGGAGAUACAGUGAUGGAUGAUUUAUUUGAAGUACAUCAUGCUGACAUUAUCAUCACUACACCUGAAAAAUGGGAUAGCAUGACUAGAAGGUGGAGGGACAACUCUAUAGUCCACCUUGUGCGACUGUUCCUCAUUGAUGAGGCAAGAAAAUAAAUGUUGUAUGCACUGUUUUUGUUCAUGAUGAUAAAAAGAAACAAAGUGCAUGUUAUAAAGGAUGAAAGCCGUGGCGCAACAUUAGAAGUUGUAGUCAGCCGGAUGAAGACCGUUCAGUCUUCUCUUUGGCGUCUUUUAGAGAGUCAUGACACUGUUCCUCCCUUGAGAUUUGUAGCUGUUUCUGCAACAAUGCCAAAUGCUGAAGAUAUUGCAGAAUGGCUUUCAGAUAGUAAAAUGCCUGCUGUAUGUCUGAAAAUAGAUGAGGAUCAACGACCGGUGAAGUUACGCAAAAUUGUUCUUGGUUUUCCUUGCAGUGACAAUCAGACAGAAUUCAAAUUUGACUUAACCCUUAACUACAAGAUAGCUAGUAUUAUACAAGCAUACUCGGAACAAAAGCCAGCACUUGUGUUUUGUGCCACAAGAAAAGGAGUACAGCAGGCUGCUUCUGUUCUUUCAAAAGAUGCUAAAUUUCUACUGAGUAUAGAACAGAAACAAAGAUUACAAAAGUCUGCAAAUUCAUUGAAAGAUUCGAAACUGAGAGAUCUUUUAAUGUAUGGUGUGGCUUAUCAUCAUGCGGGUAUGGAGAUAUCUGACAGAAAAAUAAUUGAAGGAGCUUUUACUGUAGGAGACUUACCAGUACUUUUUACCACUAGCACCUUAGCUAUGGGAGUCAAUCUGCCUGCACACCUGGUGGUUAUAAAAUCCACAAUGCACUAUGUUGGAGGAGUGUUCCAAGAGUACAGUGAAACUGAUAUUCUGCAGAUGAUUGGGAGAGCAGGAAGGCCUCAAUUUGAUACUACAGCUACAGCAGUUAUUAUGACUCGUUGGAGUACAAGGGAGAAGUAUAUACAGUUGUUAAGUGGUGCUGAUGUAAUAGAGAGCAGCUUGCACAGGCAUCUUGUCGAGCACUUGAAUGCAGAAAUAGUGCUACACACUGUCACAGAUGUCACUGUAGCUUUGGAAUGGAUACGAUCAACAUUCUUGUACAUUAGAGCCUUAAAAAAUCCAACUCAUUAUGGUUUUUCAUCUGGUUUGGAUAAAAUUGGUAUUGAAGCAAAAUUACAAGAACUGUGUUUGAAGAACUUAAAUGAUUUAUCAUCUUUUGGUUUGAUCAGGAUGGAUGAAGCAAAUAAUUUCAAACCAACAGAGACUGGAAGAUUAAUGGCGUGGUAUUAUAUUGCAUUUGAUACAGUGAAACAAUUUUUCACAAUUAAGGGAACAGAGACUUUAAAUGACUUGAUUACAAUGAUCUCCAACUGCACAGAAUUUCUGGAUGUCAAGUUAAGAACAAAUGAAAAGAAAAUACUGAACACUUUGAAUAAAGACAAGGACAAAAUAACUAUCAGGUUUCCAAUGGAGGGGAAGAUAAAAACAAGAGAAAUGAAAAUAAACUGUCUUAUUCAGGCUCAGCUAGGAUGCAUUCCUAUUCAAGACUUUACUUUGACACAAGAUACUGGCAGAAUAUUUAGAAAUGGCUUGAGAGUUACUAGAUGGUUAUCUGACUUUCUGGCAUCGUGUAAGAACAACUUUUCUGCUUUAUUAAACUCUCUGAUUUUAGCAAAGUGUUUCAGGUGCAGACUUUGGGAGAAUUCACUUCAUGUGUCUAAACAAUUGGAAAAAAUUGGAGUAUCACUGUCAAACGCUAUGGUAAAUGCUGGGCUGACAUCAUUUAAAAAAAUAGAAGACACAAAUGCCAGGGAACUUGAAUUGAUUUUAAACAGACAUCCUCCUUUUGGAAACCAGAUAAAAGAAUCUGUUUUGCACCUUCCAAAAUACGAACUUGACAUUGAACAGCUUCCAAAAUACAGUGAUACAUUGGCUGAAAUCUUAGUAACCGUCAAAUUAACAAACUAUGAGCAGCUACAGACAAAGAGAACAGCGACAGACUUCCACUAUGUUACAUUGGUCAUAGGAGAUGCUGACAACCAAGUCAUUUUUAAUCAGAAAAUUACGGAUUCUUUGCUGCUGAAAACUGGAAAUUGGACGAAGAAAAUUGAUGUGAAAAGAGCUCUUAAAUCAGAGGACAUUAGUAUACAUUUAAUUAGUUCCGAUUAUGUUGGCCUUGAUCUACAGCAAGCAUAUACAGCCUUUUACUUAACACGAAAAACAGAGGGAAGCAAAGUGGUUACAAAUCAAAACCUGAAAGCUCAGUCUUCACUUGAUAUGUAUUAUGGCUCACCACAAGGUCUGCCAGCAGCAAGAGUAGAUACAGGAGGCAGAUCUAAACAAGAGAUUACCUACAAAAAAUAUGGAAACAGAGAAUGCAACCAUCGCUGUAAAAAUAAAGAUGUGUGUGGACAUGACUGCUGUAAAACUGGAGUGCCUCCAAAGUCUGAGAUGAAUGGAGAUGCAAAGUUUUCUUCGUACCUAGCUGAUUUAAGGAGCAGGAACUCAAUUUCGUCUGUACCCCCAGUAAAACGGUUAAAGAUGCAGAUGUUAAAUCAAGCUCAAAACGUGGAUCUCAAACAAUUUGUUUUUACACCUAAAUCUUUGUUGCCGGCAUUGCCAAGGGCUAGCAACGAACAGUUGUCUUCAUCACCUUCAGUGGAACAGGUAGAUACUGUUAAUAGCUUAGGAGGAUCUCAGAAACAACUUCAACCCUGGAAUUUUGGAAGGAGUAAUUCUUUGGAUGUGGACUUUGAACUGAGAGAUGAUGUUUGGGAUGAUAUUGAUGAUGAGAAAUUAGUAUUUGCUAGCAAUUUGGCCAGCAGAGAAUUAGAUGAGCAUGAGCCACUUUGCCAGUACACAAGAAGCAACACCACGAAUGACAUUUCAAAAGAUUCAUGCACGUUACAAGGUGAGACCAAUAUUCAGAACUCAGUUGUUUCUAUGGUUAAUAGCACAUCAAAAGUGAAUUUAUCUGUACAGAGUGGAAAUAUCAAUAUGUUCAGUUUUCAAGAAGAAAAGCAUUCAAAUCCUUCACAAGAGCUGAAAAACACAGUCUGUUCUUCGAUCUCAAAAAUAAUCUCAGACUCUUCUACAUUCUCUAGGAAAGAGGAUUUUUUUAUUUUCACAAAAGAACAGGAAAGAGAAGUGGAUCCCAGAUAUCUUCUUGAUGAAAGCAAUGACGUCAAGCCCUUUCUCGGAAUAUUUGAUGGCAUUUUAUAAAACAUGGAAAAAAAACUUACACUUGUUUUUAGUGAAGCCUUCAUAUCCAGUUAAGAAAAUUUUAUUUCUGUUGUAUACCUAUUUACCAAUAGCUGGAUUGCUGCACAGAGUAGAUAAUUUAAAAAACCUGAUGUCUAAUUUUUGGAAUUCUAGGCAUAUUACCUCAGUUUGAAAAGUGCUUCACUAUUUCUUUGACCUUGCUGUUUUCAGGAUUACAAAUAAAAAUACUGGAAUGUGUCAAAGGAGAAUAGUUCUCAAACUGAGGGGGCUUUUAUAGAUAAAGUAAAAAUCACAUAAGGGGAGGUAAGCUGUUUGUUACCUGCCCUGUUCACAGGUACUCUUUAAAUGAAUGAAAGACUCUUUCCUCGGAAGUUUCUUAAUGAUUUUUGGGUUUGUCUUUCAGUUUCUCCAAAUCUGGAUUUUUCAUAGCACUGAUUCUGUAAAAUAAUUAGAUUUACAAGUAAAAGCAAUAGAAUGGUAAGUUAUUCCAGACUGUAUUCCUUUUGAUGGUGCUAUCAACUCGUUAAUAAAAAAGUGCAGCUUCCUUCAAGCAAAUGUGUUUCCAGACUCUCAACAAACCAGUUGUAGAAUGUUUAUAAACAAUAUCCUGUUUUGCUGUUGACUUUGACACCCGAGGUCAUAAAAUGGACAUUUGUGCGCCCCGGUACAGAUUUAGGCAACCAAGCGUUGGAUUUGGGUAUCUUCUUGUAGCUCUAGUGUUUGAACAGUAGACCUUUGCAAGUUCAAUAGUUACAAAAAUACAUUAUAUUGCCUAAAAUCCAAGAGAAUGUUAAUUUUCACUGUUAAUUUUUC